UAUAAAUCCAACCAACCCCGGUCUCCCGCCUCACACAGUCCUCCAGCUCUCCAAGUCCAACCCCACGACCAUGGCGACCAAGCAGAGCCUCCUCGCCGCCGCCGCCGCCGCCUACCUCCUCCUCCUUCUCCCCUCGGCCUCCGCCGUCCCAGACGUCGAGUACUGCAAUAAGACCAAGAACUACCCGGUGAAGGUGAACGGCGUGAAGAUCGUGCCUGAUCCGGUCAAGCGCGGCGUGCCGACCACCUUCAAGAUCUCCGCUUCCUCUGAUAAAACCAUCAGUAAGGGGAAGCUGGUUAUUGAUGUUACGUACUUUUGGAUCUUCGAAGUGUACUCUGAGACAGCUGACAUCUGUACAAAGACUUCCUGUCCGGCAGCUGGUGAAUUUGAACUAUCUCACGGGCAGACCUUGUCAUCACUCACUCCGCCAGGCUCUUACACCAUUGAAAUGAAGAUGCUGGGCGAGAACGAUGAGGAACUGAGCUGCAUCUCCUUCGGGUUCAGAAUUGGCUUCAUUGCACCGGUCGCCUUGAGCUGAACGCAUCUGAGCUGAGCACCAGUUGCAUGCAGAAAUAAAAAGUACUUGUGGAUGUAACUUUAGAAACCUAUUUAUCCUAGUAUAUUUUGUCUGUAUAUGUUCUGAAACUGGGGAGAACAAGAUGAAUGUCGAGGGUUUGUGUGUCCGGCUUGGCAUGAAUAUGGUUUGUAUGUUCUCUGUAACGGGUAAAGGUGGAGGUCUAGCUUUGUUUUGGGAUGAGAGUUUUGAUGUGGAGUUGAAUAAGUUUGGUGAACACUUUAUUGAUGUAAGCCUUGUAUUGAAACAAAAUAGACUUGUCCAGUAGCAUAGCGUUACCAUCA